AUUCAAAUGCACAGCCCGCCACACCCCCUUUAUCCACCUUCCCUUUACUUUUGUUCCUUUUAGUCUCAUAUUUAUUUCAAUCUGAAAUCAUUAGUGACAACCAACUUCUUAACACAAUUCCAUCUUCAAAAUCUUAUCAAACCCAUCAUGAAAUUCUACCAAUCUUCAUCCUCAGAAGCCCAAUUAUCCGAAUUCAAACCCGCCCGAAACUGCCUUCCAUGCUUCCAAAGUCAUUCCACAAACCAUCACAUGAUUAAGGAUAUGACUGAGCCGUUGUAUGUUAAAACCAACCCCGGUGUUGUUGCGAAGCUAAUGGGAUUGGAUUCGAUCCCACAACGACGGAUCCCUUUGGUUCAUCAUCAAGAAGAUACCCGAGGUCACCCGAAUGGUAAAACUUCAAUGGUUCUCGAGAUCAAGAAAGGGAAAUUCUUCAUUCUUGGUUUCGAGGCGGGAUGUAAAGGUAAAGGCGAGGCGAGAAUAGAUUCGAAGAGGAAGUUAGCGGAAGAUGAUGAAUCAAAGAAGAAGAAACGUGUAACGGAGACAUUAAAAUCUAAUAAAGUGUUGAAAGAGAGUGCAAAUGUUGAUUUUGAGUUGGGAUUUUUAGAUCAAUUGGUUCUUGAAUUACUAUACAUCAUCUAAAUCAAAAUCAAACGUGUGUAACUCGUGUGUUAAGUUUAUUUAACAACGAGUUUGAUCUAUUGUUUAGUUUUAUUCGCAUAGUCUUUUGAUGUUUAUGGUAUGAUAAGUUUAUU